AUGGCCCGAGGAGUCUCGGCGAGCAAGGAAGACGUGCACAACGCUAUCAAGAAUGUCGACAAAGGAUUGUUCCCCCGUGCGUUCUGCAAGAUCAUUCCCGACCUUCUGGCUGGCGAUCCAGAGUACUGCAACAUCAUGCAUGCGGAUGGCGCAGGAACGAAGUCUUCGCUGGCGUACAUGUACUGGAAGGAGACCAAGGAUGCGUCAGUUUGGAAAGGCAUCGCACAGGACGCCAUCAUCAUGAACCUCGAUGAUCUACUGUGUGUGGGAGCAACGGACAACAUCCUCCUCUCCUCCACUAUCGGACGGAACAAGAACCUGGUGCCGGGAGAAGUGAUCGCAGCGCUAAUCAACGGGACGGAGGAGGUUCUCGAGAUGCUUCGCAGCAACGGAGUCAACAUUCACUCAACUGGGGGGGAGACUGCGGACGUGGGAGAUCUUGUCAGGACGAUCAUCGUUGACUCCACCGUCACCUGUAGGAUGAAGCGCUCAGAUGUCAUCGACAACGCGAACAUCGCAGCAGGCGAUGUUGUUAUCGGCCUGUGCUCGUACGGAAAGGCGACCUACGAAGAUGAGUAUAACGGAGGAAUGGGAUCCAACGGCCUGACGCAUGACGUCUUCGCCAAGUAUCUCGCUGAGAAAUAUCCCGAAUCCUUCGACCCUGCCGUCCCUUCUGACCUGGUGUACGCGGGCAAGCAGAAGCUCACAGAUGCAGUGGAGGGGUCUCCCCUCGACGCAGGCAAGCUCGUCCUGUCAGCCACCCGCACAUACGCGCCAGUGGUGAAGAAAGUGCUUGACAAGCACAGGAAGGACAUCCAUGGCAUCAUCCACUGCUCGGGAGGAGCACAGACGAAGGCUCUCCACUUCAUCGAGAACCUGCACGUGAUCAAGGACAAUCUUUUCCCUGUGCCCCCACUCUUCAAGCUCAUCCACCAAGAAAGCGGGACUGACUACAAGGAGAUGUACAAGGUCUUCAACAUGGGUCACAGGAUGGAAAUCUACGUGCCCGCAGAGUUCGCCUCCUCCAUCAUCGCCAUCAGUCAGUCCUUGGGCGUCGAUGCGCAGAUCGUGGGUCGGGUAGAGGCUCAUCAAGGGAAGAAGGUGACGAUCAAGAGCGAGUUCGGGGUCUUCGAAUACGAUACUGCAUGA